UUUUGUUCGCCGCUGCGACGGGAUGACAGUUGGAGCUGCUCACCUGGUGAGCUAGAAGUGAGAAGAAUAUUGGCUAGAAAUAGCUGAUUUAUUAAAUGUUAUUCGAUAUAGGAGCUAAAUCAAGUGCAAAUUUACUUAACUACACAUCAUUUUUGCAUUGAUUCCACUCGCUUCAUCACAAUACUAUGAGCCGUUUCCAAAAAUUAAAUGAGAAGUGAGCAACCUUUUUUGCGGCACACCUUUACUUGAAGCAUCUUGCGCGCGGUACAGCUUAUUGUUGUGUUUCUACGUACCCCGUGCAUCCAUCAGUCACCUGCUGAUGGCGAAUGUGCGCCGCUAGCAAUGGCGAAAAUAAUGUGAGAGCUAUAGGCGUGGCCUGUUGUGUAUCUCCCUGUUCCUAAACUAUACAUUUUGAACACGACCGGCGCCAACAGUUCUGGGCGGCAAUGAUACGAGGAAGCAGCAACGUGUGGAGAGGAAGAGUUGGGAGUAGCAGCACAACCUUGUUUCAUGGCUGGCCGUGGAGCAGAAACGGCUGCACAUCACGACCGAUGCAUGCAAAGCGUACCAUAUGCUAUCCGCUACACGUAAAUCAUAUUCCGAAAGUCAUGGAAAGGAGGUUACUGUGUCCAGCAUAUCUUGGCCGUAAACCAAACGCGCAUACUUCCGGAGUACAAACGAUACCAAAUACCUUCAGCAUGCUCACUGCCCGGAGCGUUGCAAGUGAUACUAGCGAUAAGCUGCGGUCGAAAAGGGUGGAAGAACAGGAGACGCAACAGCAAAACAUGGCAACAUGGCAGCAGAAAAUAUCCCCGUACGCGAGAUUGAUGCGUAUCGACAGGCCCAUCGGUUCGUGGCUUCUGUUCUGGCCAUGCGGUUGGAGUAUUGCGCUCAGUGCGCCGGCGGGAUGUUGGCCGGAUCCAAUGAUGCUGGGAUUGUUUGGCGUUGGAGCGUUCGUGAUGCGUGGCGCCGGGUGUACGAUCAACGAUCUAUGGGAUCGUGACAUUGAUGCAAAGGUGGAACGCACCCGAACUCGACCCCUGGUGGCAGGAGAAAUAGCCCCGUUCGACGCACUUGUGUUCCUGGCCGGGCAACUGGGUGUAGGUUUGUUUGUGUUGCUUCAGCUAAACUGGUACUCGAUUCUGCUUGGCGCUAGCUCUUUGGGGCUGGUGGUCGUGUAUCCGUUGAUGAAGCGUAUCACCUAUUGGCCCCAGUUGAUGCUCGGAGCUACCUUUAAUUGGGGUGCAUUGCUUGGCUGGAGCGCAACCCAAGGAUCAGUAGAGUGGGCCGCCUGCUUGCCUCUGUACGUCGCCGGCGUUUGCUGGACGAUUGUGUACGAUACGAUAUACGCGCACCAGGACAAGGUGGAUGAUUUAAUAAUCGGAAUCAAAUCGACGGCUUUACGCUUUGGCGAUAAUACGAAACUGUGGCUGAGCGGGUUUACGGCGGCAAUGCUUGGGAAUCUGCUCACCGCUGGACUGGUGUGUGAUCAAACGUGGCCAUAUUAUACCUCAAUUGGGCUGAUUGGAGCCCACUUAGCUCAUCAGAUUCACUCUCUAAAUAUUCACAAUCCCAAGGAUUGUGCCACCAAAUUCAUUUCCAAUCAUCAGGUAGGAUUUUUACUAUUCCUUGGCAUUGUGCUCGGAACACUCUACAAACAGAAUAGCGAUGAACGGACAAAGAGCACGACAACUGCAGCUAGCAGCAGUAGCAGCAAUGCUGGUGGCCAACUAAGCGCCACCGUUACCGGUACAAGAAACAUUGCCGUAUAAAAUGCCAAAAGCUGUACGGAGUUUUUGGUUUCCUUGCGAGAUGCAUUCGCCCAAGACAAUUAGGCGACCCAAAGUUAUGCUAAAGAUACUUCGAGUCUGUGCGAGAAACGUUGCGAAACUGUAGCUCGAAAGCAUUGGUUAAGUUGUGUAAAAUAUAAAGCAGAUCAAGCGCAGAUAAAUCUAAGAUUAUUGCUUUAUUUGACCCGUUGUUCUGCAAAUGUGUA